AUGGCCACCAUCCAGUCUGAGACCGACUGCUAUGACAUCAUCGAGGUGCUGGGCAAGGGCACCUUCGGGGAGGUAGCCAAGGGCUGGCGGCGAAGCACGGGGGAGAUGGUGGCCAUCAAGAUCCUCAAGAAUGACGCCUACCGCAACCGCAUCAUCAAGAACGAGCUGAAGCUGCUGCGGUGUAUGCGGGGCCUGGACCCCGAGGAGGCCCACGUCAUCCGCUUCCUCGAGUUCUUCCACGAUGCCCUCAAGUUCUACCUGGUAUUCGAGCUGCUGGAGCAAAACCUGUUCGAAUUCCAGAAGGAGAACAACUUCGCACCCCUGCCUGCCCGCCACAUCCGAACGGUUACCCUGCAGGUGCUCAGAGCCCUGGCCCGGCUCAAGGAGCUGGCCAUCAUCCAUGCCGAUCUCAAGCCCGAGAACAUCAUGCUGGUGGACCAGACCCGCUGCCCCUUCAGAGUCAAGGUGAUUGACUUCGGCUCAGCAAGCAUUUUCAGCGAGGUGCGCUAUGUCAAGGAACCAUAUAUUCAGUCGCGCUUCUACCGGGCCCCUGAGAUCCUGCUGGGGCUGCCCUUCUGCGAGAAGGUGGAUGUGUGGUCCCUGGGCUGCGUCAUGGCCGAGCUGCACCUGGGUUGGCCCCUCUACCCAGGCAACAAUGAGUACGACCAGGUGCGCUACAUCUGUGAGACUCAGGGCUUGCCCAAGCCCCACCUGCUGCACGCCGCCCGCAAGGCGCACCACUUCUUUAAGCGCAACCCCCAUCCUGAUGCCAGCAACCCCUGGCAGCUCAAGUCCUCUGCCGACUACCUGGCUGAGACAAAGGUGCGCCCCCUGGAGCGCCGCAAGUACAUGCUCAAGUCACUGGACCAGAUCGAGACCGUGAACGGCGGUGGAGCAGCCAGCCGGCUGACCUUCCCCGACCGCGAGGCGCUGGCGGAGCUCGCCGACCUCAAGAGCAUGGUGGAGCUGAUCAAACGCAUGCUCACGUGGGAGUCGCACGAGCGCAUCAGCCCCAGCGCCGCCCUGCGCCACCCCUUUGUGUCCAUGCAGCAGCUGCGCAGCGCCCACGAGACCACCCGCUACUACCAGCUCUCGCUGCGCGGCUGCCGCCUCUCGCUGCAGGUGGAGGGCAAGCCGCCCACGCCUGGCGUGGCAGCCGUGGAGGAUGGGCCCCCCUACUACCGGCUGGCCGAGGAGGAGGAGGCUGUGGGCAUAGGCAGCGUGGUGGGCAGCGGGCCCUUCUUCUGCGAGGAGAAGGCGCCGGGCAUGCAGAAGGCCAUCGAUCAGCUGGACGACCUGAGUCUGCAGGAGGUGGGACGCGGGCUGUGGGGCGAGACCCGAGCCGACGCGGUUCCUGACAUGCUGGCCCCACUCAAGGCCACUGCUGCUAGCCGCCGGGUGCCCGACUCGGGCCCCGAGCCCAUCCUGGCCUUCUACAGCAGCCGCCUGGCAGGUCGCCACAAGGCCCGCAAGCCACCUGCGGGCUCCAAGUCAGACUCCAACUUCAGUAACCUCAUCCGGCUAAGCCAGGCCUCCCCCGAGGACGAGGGACCGUGCCGGGGCAGCGGCUGGGCUGAAGGAGAGCGCCGUGGGGCCUCAGCCGAGCCGCCCAGCCUCCCACAGCGGGAUGGGGAUGGACCAGACGUCAAGGAUAUGACUAUGGAUGCUGAUAGGCCAGGCCCUGAGCUCUUCGACCCCAGCAGCUGCCCUGGGGAAUGGCUGAGCGAGCCAGACUGGACCCUGGAGGGUGUCAGGGGGCCACGGGCUCAGGGGCUCCCAGCCCGCCACGCUCACCCGCAUGGUCCCUCCCGGACCACCAGCUUUCUGCAGCACGUCAGUGGGCACCACUGAUGGUGACCCCACCCCUGCCCAUCACUGGGGGCUGUGCUAGUGGGGCUGGCAUCCCCUCCUGAGAAGCCAUUUCCUGAACCCACAAAUUAUUCUUACAGAAAGACAGUUAUCCAGAAAUCCCCCAAUACCCUCGCCCUGGUGCAUGCCAGCACAUACCCCCUGAACACA